GCAGCCGCCGCGGCGAAAAGCGAAGCGGCGCUCUGAACUGCAGUGCGAGCGCCUUCUCCCUGACUUGGCAGCAGCUGCACAGGACGCCCGGAGUCAGUCACUUUAGGAGAAUCGCAGCGUGCGUUCCUUCCCAGACGGAUCCAGUCCUUCCUUUGGAUCCCCCCCCCCGCGCUUUGGGCACUAAAUCUAUCCAGGCUUGCUGCUCUGUGCUCGUUGGGGGAGAAGCCAUGUGCCACCCUCGAGAGUCCUCGCGCAGCAGCAACCCCCACUUGCUGCGGCUUUGAGGAGUACCGCGCCAGAGACAAAAGGCUCUGCUCGUCUGAAUGAGCGUGUUGGUGGCCACUUGGCCGGAGAGGAGAGAGGGCAAGACACGGCGGGGGAGGCCGAGGGAUGGCAGCGGGGGAAGAAAGGGCGUGACGAACUGCAGUCCCCCAGCCUGGCUAAGAAUAAGAAGAAGCCCCUUGGCAACACAUGGCUGCUUGCUGAAGCCGCCUUCGGUUUGACUGGGCUCCCGCAAGUUGUAGCAGCCAUGGAUAACUUCUUUGCGGAGGGAGCACGGGUUUGGUUGCGAGAAAAUGGCCAGCAUUAUCCAAGUACUGUACUUUCCUGUGCCGAGGGAGUGGUUGUAUUCAGGACAGAUUAUGGUCAAGUAUAUACUUACAAACAGAGGUCAAUUACACACCAAAAAGUAACAGCUAUGCAGCCUACAAGCACAGAUGGUCUGGAAGACAUGGCAGCACUGAUAGACCUCCAUGAAGGUGCCAUCAUGCACAAUCUAUUCAAGCGGUAUCAACAGAACAAAAUCUAUACUUACAUUGGUUCCAUUGUCGCUUCAGUCAACCCCUACAAGACCAUUCCAGGACUGUAUGACCGUGCUACGGUGGAACAAUACAGCCGGCACCACCUGGGAGAAAUUUCACCUCAUAUUUUUGCUGUUGCUAAUGAGUGCUACCGCUGCCUAUGGAAACGUCAUGACAACCAGUGUGUUCUCAUCAGUGGUGAAAGUGGUGCUGGUAAAACAGAGAGCACGAAGCUGAUUCUCAAGUUUUUGUCUGCUGUGAGCAAACAUUCACUGGAACUUUCUUGUAAGGAGAAGACAUCUAGUGUCGAGCAAGCAAUUUUGGAGAGCAGCCCAAUUAUGGAAGCUUUUGGCAACGCAAAGACUGUUUACAACAACAACUCAAGCCGCUUUGGGAAAUUCAUUCAGCUGAACUUCUGUCGGAAAGGAAACAUUCAGGGAGGAAAAAUUGUAGAUUAUUUAUUAGAGAAGAAUCGAGUAGUAAGGCAAAAUCCAGGAGAGAGAAAUUAUCACAUAUUCUAUGCCCUGCUGGCAGGGAUCGAGGGAGAAAAUAAAGAUGCAUUUUACCUAUCUGUACCAGAAAAUUAUCACUACCUGAACCAAUCUGGAUGUGUAGCAGACAAGACAAUCAAUGAUAAGGAAUCAUUUAAAGAAGUUGUUACUGCGAUGGAAGUGAUGCAGUUCACCACUGAGGAGGUGCGAGAUGUUCUUAGGCUACUUGCUGGCAUUUUACACCUAGGCAACAUCGAGUUUAUUACUGCUGGUGGAGCACAAGUAUCCUUCAAAACAGCUCUGGGUAGAUCCGCAGAGUUACUUGGGCUGGACUCAACACAACUAUCUGAAGCACUGACUCAGAGAUCAAUGAUACUCAGGGGAGAAGAAAUUUUAACACCUCUCAGUAUACAACAGGCAAUAGAUAGCAGAGAUUCGGUGGCUAUGGCACUUUAUUCCCAGUGUUUUGCCUGGCUUAUUAAAAAAAUCAACAGCAGAAUAAGAGGCAAAGACGACUUCAAGUCCAUUGGAAUUUUAGACAUCUUUGGAUUUGAGAAUUUUGAGGUUAAUCGCUUUGAGCAGUUCAAUAUUAACUAUGCAAAUGAAAAACUUCAGGAGUAUUUCAACAAGCACAUUUUUUCCUUAGAGCAGUUGGAAUAUAGCAGAGAAGGACUCUUUUGGGAAGACAUUGACUGGACAGAUAAUGGGGAGUGCUUGGAUCUUAUUGAAAAGAAACUUGGUUUGUUAGCCCUUAUCAAUGAAGAAAGCCAUUUCCCUCAAGCUACUGAUAGCACCUUGUUGGCAAAGUUACACAUCCAACAUGCUAACAAUCCAUUUUACGUGAAACCAAGAGUGGCUGUCCACAACUUUGGAGUGAAACACUAUGCUGGGGAGGUCCAGUAUGAUGUCAGAGGGAUUUUAGAGAAAAACAGGGAUACUUUCAGGGAUGAUCUCCUUAACCUAUUACGGGAAAGCAGCCUCGAUUUCAUAUAUGACCUCUUUGAGCAUGUCUCAAGCCGUAGCAGUCAAGACACUUUGAAAUGUGGGAGCAAACAUCGGAAGCCCACAGUCAGUCUACAAUUCAAGGAUUCACUACAUUCCUUAAUGGCAACACUAAGCACUUCUAACCCUUUCUUUGUUCGCUGCAUCAAACCAAACAUGCAGAAGAUGCCUGACCAGUUUGAUCAGAAUGUGGUGCUGAACCAGCUGCGUUAUUCCGGCAUGCUUGAGACAGUGCGGAUACGAAGGGCUGGUUUUCCAGUGCGGAGGCCAUUUCAGGAUUUUCAUAAAAGAUACAAAGUCCUGAUGAGAAAUUUGACUCUCCCUGAAGAUUUAAAAGGGAAGUGUACUACUCUCCUUUGUCUGUAUGAUAGCACAAACACUGAAUGGCAGCUUGGAAAAUCUAAGGUGUUUCUUCGAGAAUCUUUGGAACACAAGCUGGAAAAACAGCGAGAGAUAGAAGUUGCCAAAGCAGCCAUGAUCAUCCAAGCACAUGUCUUGGGCUAUGUGGCACGAAAGCACUACAGAAAGGUCCUUUACUAUGUGGUUGUCAUUCAGAAGAACUACAGAGCUUUCCACUCAAGGAGGAAAUACCUACUCUUGAAGAAAGCCACCAUCACCUUCCAAAAACAGCUGCGAGGCCAGAUUGCCCGUCGCGUUUACAAACAGCUACUAGAGGAGAAAAGACAGAAAGAAGAGGAAAGGAAGAGAAAGGAAGAGGAGGAAAGAAAGCGACAAAAGCAAGAAGCAGAACGUCUUGCUUGGCAGGCUGAAGAGGAGAGGCGGCAGCAGGAGCUGGCAGCUAUUCAGAAAGCCCACAAGGAAGAAGAGCUCAAGCAAGAGCUGGAGAAGCAAAAAGAAAAUAAGCAGGUAGAAGAGAUCCUGCGCCUAGAAAAAGAGAUUGAAGACCUGCAACGCAUGAAGGAGCAGCAAGAGUUGUCACUGACAGAGUCAUCGUUGCAGAGGCUGCAGCAGCUCCGAGAUGAGGAACUUAAACGGCUGGAGGAUGAGGCUUGCCGGGCAGCACAAGAGUUCUUGGAGUCUCUGAACUUUGAUGAAAUUGAUGAAUGUGUCCGGAACAUCGAGAGGACACUCUCUGUUGGGAGUGGCUUCUGCACUGAACUUAGUGAAUUGACUGGAAAUGCAGGCAGUGAAAAACCCAAUUUUAACUUCAGCCAGCCAUACCCUGAGGAGGAGGUUGAUGAGGGCUUUGAAGCAGAUGAUGAUGCUUUUAAAGAUUCUCCUAACCCGAGUGAACAUGGCCACUCUGAUCAAAGGACAUCAGGCAUCAGAACAAGUGAUGAUUCUUCGGAAGAGGAUCCAUACAUGAAUGAAACGGUAGUGCCAGCAAGUCCUGCCACUGGGAAUAGCACACUUAUUCCUUCUAGCCAUGACUCCCUCAGUCUCCACAACUCCUCAAGUGGUGAAUCCACAUAUUGUAUGCCAGAAAAUGUGUCCUGCAGGCCCCAGAAUUCUGCAGACUUAAUUUCUCCUGAUGGGGACUAUGAUUAUGACCAAGAUGAUUAUGAAGAUGGUGCUAUCACUUCUGGAAGCAGCGUGACCUUUUCUAAUUCUCAUAGCAGUCAGUGGUCUCCCGACUACCGCUAUUCAGUGGGGACAUAUAACAGUUCUGGAGCAUAUAGAUUUAGCUCUGAAGGAGCUCAGUCUUCUUUUGAAGACAGUGAAGAAGAUUUUGACUUGAGGUUUGAUACAGAUGAUGAACUUUCUUACCGGAGGGAUUCUGUCUACAGCUGUGUCAGCCUGCCCUAUUUCCACAGCUUUUUGUACAUGAAAGGUGGCUUGAUGAAUACAUGGAAGCGCCGUUGGUGUGUCUUGAAAGAUGAGACUUUUUUGUGGUUUCGAUCAAAACAGGAAGCUCUCAAACAGGGCUGGCUACACAAGAAAGGUGGUGGAUCAUCUACACUCUCCAGAAGAAACUGGAAGAAACGUUGGUUUGUCCUCCGGCAAUCUAGAUUGAUGUACUUUGAAAAUGAUAGUGAAGAAAAGCUCAAGGGAACACUUGAAAUCCGAACAGCCAAAGAUAUCAUAGAUAACACUAGUAAGGAAAAUGGAAUUGACAUUGUCAUGGCAGACAGGACCUAUCAUUUGAUUGCUGAGUCACCUGAGGAUGCAAGUCAGUGGUUCAGUGUCUUGAGUCAAGUCCAUGCUUCCACAGAACAGGAAAUCCGAGAGAUGCAUGAUGAGCAGGCAAAUCCACAAAAUGCCGUGGGCACACUGGAUGUGGGGCUGAUUGAUUCUGUUUGUGCAUCUGACAGUCCAGAUCGACCCAAUUCAUUUGUGAUCAUCACUGCUAAUCGUGUACUUCACUGCAAUGCGGAUACUCCAGAGGAGAUGCAUCACUGGAUCACCUUGUUGCAGAGAUCCAAAGGGGACACCCGAGUAGAGGGGCAAGAGUUCAUAGUGAGGGGGUGGUUGCACAAAGAAGUUAAGAACAGCCCAAAGAUGACUUUGUUAAAGUUGAAGAAGCGGUGGUUUGUCCUGACACACAAUUCCCUGGAUUAUUACAAAAGCUCUGAGAAGAAUGCCCUCAAGCUGGGCACCCUGGUGCUAAACAGCUUGUGCUCUGUUGUGCCUCCAGAUGAGAAAACUUUUAAAGAGACAGGCUACUGGAAUGUCACUGUAUACGGGCGCAAGCAUUGUUACCGCCUCUAUACCAAGCUGCUCAAUGAAGCCACCCGCUGGUCAAGUGCCAUCCAGAAUGUGAUUGACACAAAAGCACCCAUUGACACUCCAACUCAGCAACUUAUUCAGGACAUUAAGGAGAACUGCCUGAACCCUGAAGUUGUUGAGCAGAUCUAUAAGAGAAACCCAAUUCUUCGUUACACGCAGCAUCCCUUGCAUUCCCCACUCUUGCCACUUCCCUAUGGAGACAUCAAUCUGAACGUGCUAAAAGAGAAAGGCUACACAACUCUGCAGGAUGAAGCUAUCAAGAUAUUUAAUUCUCUGCAGCAACUGGAGUCUGUGUCAGAUCCCAUUCCUAUUAUUCAGGGUAUUCUGCAGACAGGACAUGAUUUACGGCCUCUGCGAGAUGAACUUUACUGUCAGCUCAUCAAACAGACCAGCAAAGUACCUAAUCUGGAGAGUGUUGGCAAUCUGUACAGCUGGCAAAUUCUCACAUGCAUGAGCUGCAUGUUUCUGCCAAGCCGCAGCAUCUUGAAAUAUCUGAAGUUCCACCUAAAAAGGGUUCAUGACCAGUUUCCAGGCACAGAAAUGGAAAAGUAUGCCCUUUUCAUUUAUGACUCUCUUAAAAAGACGAAAGGCAGAGAGUUUGUGCCGUCCCGGGAUGAAAUUGAAGCCUUGAUCAACAGACAGGAGAUGACAUCUACUGUUUACUGUCAUGGCGGGGGGUCCUGUAAGAUCACCAUCAACUCCCACACAACCGCUGGUGAGGUUGUUGAAAAGUUAAUUCGAGGGCUGGCCAUGGAAGAUAGCAGAAAUAUGUUUGCCUUGUUUGAAUACAAUGGAACUACAGAUAAAGCCAUUGAAAGCAGAACUGUUGUGGCUGAUGUCUUGGCAAAGUUUGAAAAGCUCGCUGCUUCAGAAAGAGAUAGUGUGGCGUGGAAAUUUUACUUCAAGCUCUACUGCUUCUUGGACACUGAGCACGUGCCAAAAGACAGCGUGGAAUUUGCGUUCAUGUUUGAGCAGGCACAUGAAGCAGUGAUUCGAGGCCAUUAUCCAGCUCCUGAAGAAACUCUCCAACUCCUUGCUGCCUUGCGGCUCCAGUACCUACAAGGAGACUACAUUUCCUCUAGUAUCACUGUGCCUGAAAUGGAAGAAGUCUACCCACUGCAGAAGCUGAAGUCUCGUAUUAUCCAGUCCACUAAAAUGUUUGCUCCAUCAGAGAGGAUGGAAAGGAAGCGGAGCAACUUUCUGGAUGGCACCCUGAGAAGGAGUUUCCGCAGUAGCUCCAUCAGCAAGCAGAAGAUGGAGGAGGAUCAAAUGUGUGAUAUGUGGGUCAAAGAGGAGAUCUCUGCCACCAGGACAAGUGUGAUUGACAAAUGGAAAAAAAUGCAGGGAAUGAACCAAGAACAAGCAAUGGCCAAAUACAUGAGUCUGGUUAAGGAGUGGCCUGGCUAUGGGUCAACACUCUUUGAUGUAGAGUGUAAAGAAGGAGGCUUCCCCCAAGAGCUUUGGUUGGGAGUUAGUGCUGAUGCUGUUUCUGUCUACAAGCGUGGAGAAGGCAGGCCUUUAGAAGUAUUUCAGUAUGAGCAUAUUCUGUCUUUUGGAGCUCCCUUUGCCAACAUCUACAAAAUCGUUGUGGAUGAGAGAGAGCUGCUUUUUGGAACCAUUGAGGUGGUUGACAUUGCCAAACUGAUGAAAGCUUAUAUCAGCAUGAUUGUGAAAAAGCGUUACAGCACCUCUCGAUCAGUGAGCAGCCACGGAAGCCAAGGCAGCUCCAGGUGAAGCCAGAGAAUCCAUCUCAUCGUGCUCUUAUCAAAAUAUAUCACUGCCAACUUGUUGGUAUCUCCAAAAAUGGUGAUUGGGGCUACAUGCACAAGCAGAUUUCUAGGAGAUUCUUCAAUCAACUCAUAAUGUUCAGCAAGCUUAGAAAUAUAAUAUUUGCUUGCAUAGUCCCAUACUAAAACUCUUCGGCUAGCGUACUUCAAGCCUUCCAAAGCGUUGUUACCUCUAGAGAACAUACUGUAUGCCUUAACUUAAUACGCUGCCGUCCAAGCAGUAAGAAGUGCCUUAAAACGUUUAGAUCCAAUUUGCAUUUACUUAAUUGUUUGUCAGUUGUUGUUUUUUUUUAAUAAACCACUUAGCAUAUUAAGGAGGAGCUAAUUCAGCCAUCUUGCACUAACCAACUGGCUGAUUCAUGUCAUGACAAGAGAAAGAAACGUAUUUGUUAGGAUGCUGCAGGCAGCUUUCCUUAUGGACUUGGUUAGCAAUGUUGUAUUCCCUUCUUCCUUUUCCCCACCCUGCUUCCUUUCAUCUGUGUGAAUGAAUAUGGCCCUCCUAACCUAACUGUAUUCUGCAUUUCACAACCUCUUAAAGUAAAGGGAAUAAUAAUGUGCAAUGGUGUAAACAGUCUUUCUGUACAUUUUAAUAGUCCAGAGCUAUAGUUGUCCCAAUUUGUAGAGUUUCUUUAUAAGCCAGUUUAGUACCAAACUUUGGGAUUUUCAUUGGGAUUUUUUUCUAGAGAGGAAUUUUUCAUCCUUUGUUACAUGCAUAUGUAACAUAUCUGCAUUUCUGUACCUGCUGUAUUAUAAAUAACACAUCUAGUUGGAAUAAACUGUAUUUAUAGACUGCCCUUAAUAUGGAAAUGUCAUUAUCAGCACAAUAUACAAUCAUUUGUCUUCAGUUUAUAAAGUUUUUUAAAAUAUAUAUAUUAAACAUUUCUUUUUAAAAUGUUCAA